AUGACAUCCCCAAUCGAUCUAAGUCUUCCAACGGCUCUAAUUCUCAUCGACAACCAAUCGGCCUUUACCCACCCGACAACCGUUUCUCACUGGGGCGCCUCACGCUCCAAUCCUCUCUACGAAGCGAACCUCCAAUCACUUCUCUCCACUUUUCGAGAUGCACGAGCAACAUCAGGUGAUUCACGUCUUUCACUCCUCCGACUCGCCUUCUUCGCCUCUCCACCCGUCACAUCCGGCGGGGGAAUCCGACCGCUGGACUUUGCCGUCCCGGCAGCGGACGGGUCGGAGCCUAUCUUCUGGAAGAAUGUCAACUCUUCGUUUAUCGGGACGGGCCUUGAGUCGCAUUUACGGCAGAAGGGUAUCAGGCAGAUUAUUUGUGCUGGUUUGACGACGGAUCACUGUGUCUCGACUACGGUUCGUAUGGCGGCGAACUUGGGCGUUGUCGAUCGCCUUUUGGACGAGGGUCCUGUUCGGUUUAGAUCUGAUGGUUCUCGUGAGAAAGAGGUGCGAGUGGAGAAGGGGCGUAUUAUUCUUGUUUCUGAUGCGACUGCGACGUUUAGCAAGGGUGAUUUUGAUGCGGAAACCGUGCAUAAAGUCUCCGUUGCCAGUCUUGAUGGCGAGUUUGCCGAUGUGAUUGGAACCGAGGAGGCGGUCAAGGCUCUAAAAGAUAUCAAGAAGCCUUGA